CUGUGUUACACGGGGCGUCAACAAAACUCUCUCUUUUCCACACCCCACCAUCUCUCGCCCGCUCGCUCCGCUCACUUGUCUCUCACCUUCGUCUCUCACCCUCAUACUCGGACCUAGCCUGCCGCUUGAGCUCUACCUCCUCACAAACCGACAAAAUGGGAUCGACACUGCCAAUCGCGCUUCCCGCGCUCAAGACGAACCCCAAGUUCAUCUUCUUCACCGACUUCGACGGCACCAUCACCAACCAGGACAGCAAUGACUACCUGACGGACAACAUCGGCUACGGCACCGCCCUUCGCAAGAAGGGCAACCAGGAUGUGCUCCAUGGCCGCCGCACCUUCCGCGACUCGUUCGAGGAGAUGCUGGAGAGUAUCAGCACGCCCUUCAACGAGUGCGUCGACAUCCUGUUGAAGAACAUCACCCUCGACCCGGGCUUCAAGGCCUUCUUCGAGUGGGCCCGCGAGAACAAUGUGCCCAUCGUGGUCCUGAGCGGCGGCAUGACCCCUAUCAUCCGCGCUCUGCUAGGGCACCUCCUGGGAGAGGAGGCUGCGGACACCCUGCAGAUUGUGAGCAACGAUGUUGCGCCGAGGGAGGGGAAGAGCAUCAACGAGAAGGGCGGGUGGAAGAUUGUCUUCCAUGACGACAGCGGAUUCGGGCACGACAAGUCCCUCGAGAUCCGGCCUUACGCCAGGCUCGAGGAGAGGCCGGUCCUCUUCUACGCCGGCGACGGCGUGUCCGAUCUCUCGGCCGCCAAAGAAACCGAUCUGCUUUUCGCCAAGUCCGGCCGUGACCUUGUCACCUUCUGCGAGAAUGAGAAUGUGCCCUUCACCACGUUCGACGACUUCUCCGAUAUCCACAACACCAUCAAGAACAUCGUCGCCGGCAAGCUCAGCGUCAAGGAUGCUGCCACGGGCAGGAAGUCAGCUUGAAGUAUCUCGUGCAGGUUCAUGGGAUAUAAGGGUGAUGAAGCCAAAUAGAAUGAUAGACGAUAGACACAUACAUGAAACGCAACACCUCAUUUACGCAACUCCAGUCCAACUCAGAAAGAAAUCUCCCACAA